GUACAGUAUCAGCGAGAACGAACAAUCGGCAGUAGCGAAAGAGAGAGGAACGAGGUGAACACUUUCAAUGAGUUUCUAACAUCUGUGACCUUUUCUACAGCCGCGGUGUCGCGAGCCGCGACGGAACGGUUUUGAUGGCCACCACGUAAACACUUCUUUAUCAGCGGGCCCGGCCUCAGACGCCGGCGAGCGUCGGGUGAAUUGUGAAAGUGUCAGACGCACACCGAGCUCCGACCCACCGAGACGUGUGUACGAAUCGCGAAUUCGAAGAUUAUCGCGUAAACAAAUAGGAGCGGUAUGCGCGAGCGCAGGUCCUAUCGGUUCGGAUAAGUGACACCGCCGAUAGAGCGCAGAUCGCCGGCGCAUCGCCAUCAGUCGCAGCCAUGUGGACAGCGAGCGCCAUCGUGCUGCUGGCGGCGGCCGCGUACGCGGACCCCGCGCCGCCCAACACCACGCUGCCCGUCCAACAGUACUUCAUCAACAAAAUAUUCGACAAGUACGGCGACAACGGAACCAUCACUUUCGAGGGCUUCGAGCACCUGCUGGACAGCCUGGGUCUGGGCGGGCGCGUGUUCACGUCGCCCCACGACCUGGCGCUGCACCGCGUCAACGGCACCUUCCGCCAGCUCCACGACACACAGCAUCGCCACAAGAGGUCGCCAUCCACCACACUGCCAAUAUUGAACAAAUCAUGCCUGUCUCCGAAGGAGAUCCUAGAGGUCUACGGAAUGGAGAACGAACCGGGCGUCAUUUCCAUCAACCCAAAAACAUUCCUGAAAAUGUGUCCAGCACUCGUUUACCAGUUGGACCAACGCUCAUGCUACAAAACUGAAGCCCCAACACCCAAACUAGAAAGGCAUUGGACAUGGAUCUACGCAAGUUUGAGUAUCCUGAUUAUAAGUGCCACCGGUCUUCUAGGAGUUGCAAUAGUUCCCAUGCUGAAGUCUGCUAUAUUCAGUCAUGUCAUCCACUUUUUGGUAGCCAUCGCUGUAGGGACUCUAUGCGGAGAUGCACUGCUGCAUCUGUUGCCGCAUGCGAUCAAAUCCCACGGGGUGCCAAACGAACCUCAAGAGGAAACGGAAGUUAUACUUAAAUGCAGCGUAACAUUUUUGACCAUACUGCUGUUUUACGCGGUGGAAGCGAUCAUGCAAAUUUUGAACGGAGGGCACGCGCAUUCCCACGAUGCUCCCAGUGGAGACGCUAAAUCACCGAAACAAGUGGACUCAGUCGAGCUCGGAGCGAUAAUGCCCGGAUCACCGCCGCCGCCGGUGGAGCGCCCGAUGACGUCGACUGCGCUGAUGGUCAUAGUCGGCGAUGGCCUUCACAACUUGACGGACGGCCUGGCCAUCGGCGCGGCAUUCAGUGGCGAUCCAGUCACGGGAUUCGCGACAGCAUUAGCCGUGUUCUGCCACGAGCUGCCUCACGAGCUGGGCGAUUUUGCAGUUCUGCUGCGGUCCGGAAUGAGCAUAAGACGGGCCAUGUACUACAAUUUGCUCUCCUCCAUACUCAGUUUUAUGGGAAUGGCGGGUGGAAUAUGGCUAGCCGAAGAUCACGAGUCGGCUUCGCAGUGGAUUUAUGCGGCCACGGCCGGCACGUUCUUAUACAUAGCUCUGGCCGAUUUAGUGCCCGAAAUAAAUGAAAACAAUAAAGGUAAAAGUGUUCAUCUAGUAUUAGCAGUUCUAGGAAUUUUGAGUGGAGGAAUUAUUAUGUUAAUGAUUGCCUUACACGAAGAUUCCAUACAAUAUUUAUUUAGAAACGCAGAACAAUGAUUAUUUCGAUAGACAGAUGGUAGGUAUUUAAUAUUAUGUGAUAAAAAGCCACUCAAGGUUGUAUAAACUUUAAUUAAGUAAGUAAUAUGUAAAUUAGACAAUUUAUAUUACGUAAGAUUUAUAGUUAGGUACAUUUAGAAGUAUUGCAGGGUAUUAUUAAAAUUUGUUUUUCUUAGGCAACUGGUACCAAAUAUUAACCGAUAACAUGCACGCAAUGUUAGGCCAGUCAGUUGAAAGCUGAAUGUUUUUGUGGCCGACCAAACAUUUUGAUUUCUGCAGUCCACAUUUGGUACCAGACUGAAGGCACUACAAUGAAACAUGCGAGUACAAACAUAAUAUACUUACUGCCAAAAUCAUUAUCCUAACCAUACCAUAGUAGUCCUAACUUUUUGCUUUACCGCAUAGUCGGGAUAGUAAUUAGGUAUAAUUAACCGCGAAAAUAACUAGUACUACAGCUACUAGGGCAUAGUAAAAAUGAACGGGCCGCUCGGAUUGUUGACUGCCAUGGGCGUAUAUAAGGGGGCCCGGGGGUC